AGGUGUGCCUGAUGGUAAUACCAAUGCAAGUCCAAAACACCAGCCAGAGAACAGAAGUUCAGAGAACUACACACCACAGAAGUAUUUCUCAUCCUUGGAGAUGUACAGCAAUAAGUCACUUGAUUCCAGAGAUGAUGUAACUGUCACGUCCACUGACAAACUUGAAUGGGACCCUUCUGUAGCCAACGAUGAUGCAAGAACAGCAUUAACAGAUGUUACUAGGACAUCUGUGGAGAAGAUUGGGGGUUUGACACAAAGACUACAGGACCUUGAUAUCGAUUUAGAUCACUUAAAGCAUCUGAGGGUGGUGGAUGAAACAGGAGGUCUUCCUCAUGCUUCAGGAAAUGCUGAAGAGCUUUUAAAGAGAAUCAAGCAGUGCCCUGAAUGCAGUAGUUUGAAUAAAGCUUACAUGAAUUGGUGUGUUGUCUGUGGUGAGGUGCUUAUUGGCAUUGAGCCUACAUUCCACAAGAACAAUAGUCAGGUUAUUAGCUCACAGCAGAAGAAAAAGGCAGUAAAUACUCCAGCGCCAAACCAAGGGAGACAUUGUCUACAGGAUACAGAAGUAAAAGAAGCAAAUACAAAGUGUGCAGACAAAGAAUUUUCUGGAAAAGGGUCUAAAGAGUCUUCAGGAGAUCGGUCUCCUUUAAAUUUGCCAGUUCAAUUUGGGUUAGAAGAGAUUACCUCUGCCUUAUCCAGAGGUAAACGGAGGGAGAAUGAAUACCCACAACAGAAGAGCGACGACAAGCAGGAGCUUCCAGAAGGAGCAUUUAGUGAUGAGGAAGAUGCUGUUUUAGUUGAGAAUGAUAAAGAAGACGGUGUUAAUGAUGUGGAUCUUAAAACAGAUCAUAGAUUUUUGGAAGAGAUUGAAGAUCCACUGAUAAGAGAAUUUGCUAUUUCCUACAGAAAAAGACAGCUGCUUCAGCAGAAUAACUCAGUUCAGAUUUCUCACAGAACAUCCAACAAGUGCUCUGUGAAGUCAAAAGUUGCUAGUAGUAUGGAUAGUAUGCAAGAUGCGGAUUUAUCGCUUACUGACACAUCCCUUGUUGCUACAUUCGUAGCUGCUACUUCAAGUGCUACAUUAUCUCCUGCUUUUACGUCAGCUGCUACAACAUCAGUUGUUGCUACAUUAGGUUCUUCCACAUCAACUGUUUCUACACAAGGUGAUGUUAAACACUUCAUCUCCGCUCCUUGGAAAAAAGAAAUUGGCCCAAAUCUGUGUUUUAACGUUGGAGUGUCUGACAUGACUUCUGAUUACAUACUCCCAGCUCCAGGACCACCGCGCAGAUCUUGUGCUCCUGACAAAGGAAGAGCAACAAAUGAUGCAUUGCUGCAGCCAUUUAUUGCACAUGUUACAACCAUCAAUGAUGGAAAUACCCAGUCAAGCUCUGACCAGCACCAGGUCAAUAAGAACAGGGAUCUACAAGCUGAAGCUUCUAAUGAGGAGAGGAAGAUGAUAAAGAAGAAAAAGAAAAAGAAAAAGCUGAGAGGAGAAGCUGUUGACAUAGAAAUUUUUAGUUACAGUGAAACACAGAAAAGUUCUUCUCAACCUACAAGCAGAGUUGUACCAGCAUUGAAUCUGAAAAGUUCUAGUGAUGAGGGAAAUGAUAAUGAUGAUGAUGAUGAUGACAGUGAAGAGACAGAAGCUGAAGCAAUUGAUGAGGAUGUUAGGGAUUUUCCUGCAAGUAGUGAUUUUGACAAGCAAAUAAAUCUUUCUAACCCUGCAAAAUCUUAUAACAAUACUCAGCCAAUUAGAAAUCAUAAAAAGGUGCCAUUUGCCAAGUCAUUGCAGUCUCAUCCAAUUAAAGCAGCUGAUACAUCUCCACCUCAGCCGUCCUUCAGCCAAUCAGGAGCUUCGUUUCAUCAUGAGAGAAAUCGAGGUGGUGUUAUGAGCGGUGCGGCCAGAUAUCAGCGGCACUGGAACAGGUCAAGUAUUGCUUGGAGCUCCUACAACCCACGUGAGCUCAGCACCAGGUUGAGUGGAUAUUCAGUAGCAGCAGCCCAAAGGAGACCAUCUAGUGCCGGCACUCAGCAGAGGUUAUUACUGUCUUAUCUGGUGUGCUGUCAGCUGCAACCCAUUUCAGGGUUUCAUCAGAGACCUUCCAGUGCAAAUGUUCCUCGUGGCCAAGGAAGGCCACAGCUGCAGUCACCAGAUAAGUCACAGAAAUAUAGUUUCCAUGGUUACCCACCAGCUACAUCACAUGGAGACGGUUUCCAUGGUUACCCACCAGCCACAUUGUCAUAUGGAAAUGAGUCGGAAUCACCCCUAGCUAGGGAGUCCCUUCAGUGUGGCUUCUCCCAUACUGGAGAGAUCAUCUGUGACAAGGACUCACCAAGGCUGUUGUGCGCAGAGUUUCAUAGACUUCCUCCGACAGAUAUCGUCGGAGAAGAGGACUCAGAUCAACUACAAGCUGUGGCCAUGAAUUCCUAUCAGAAGUUGCUUGAAAUGACGCCACGAAUUGCCGAGGGUCAGAUAUCACAGUGGGAAUGUUUACCGGAUGAAAUCUGGCUGCACAUUUUCCGCUUCCUGUCCCAUAGGGAGCUGAUCAAUAUGAUGCUGGUGUCGAAAUACUUUAACCGACUGGCAAACGAUGCGACUCUUUGGAAAUACAUAACUGUGAAGCCAAAGUAUUCAAUGACAGACCAGGCUUUGGCAAAAAUGGCUCAACAUCGACCAGUCUCUCUGGCCAUGGUUAAAUGCCAGGGCACUCAGGUAACCUCUGAGGGGCUGCACUACUUCUUCCAGGAAUGCCAACGCCAGCUUAAGGAACUGAACAUCUGUGGCUGCAGCCAGGGAUUCCUUGUUGGAACUGAGAUUUUGAGGGCAGCUGCUAUCGGCUGCAAGAAUCUGACUCACCUGGAUGUCAGUUUUUGUAACGUCAGCGACGAGUCUUUCCUAGCAUUGUGUCGCCGUGCUGAGAGGCUUGAAAGUGUGUGCCUGAAUGGCUUUCAGUCGUUGAAGGACACCACCUUGCUGGUUCUGUUAAAGAAACAUGGGAAAAGCCUUCGAACGCUGGAACUCUAUGCUUGUUUCUCACUGAGUACCUUUGCAUUUGUCAGCAUCGGAAAGCACUGCAGGAGGUUGCGGCGCCUCUGUUUGGGAAGUUGUAGCAAGUUAUCAGAUACUGCCACCACCAAGUUAUGCUCGUAUUUAAGACAUAUGGAGGAGCUGGAUCUGCGAGGUUCUAACAGCCUGAGAAAUAAUAGCAUUGCCAAGAUUGUGGUCAGCUGUCCUCGCAUCCACACCCUGGUCUUAGCCAACUGUCAUCAGCUUACUGAUGCUGCACUUAUGAUAAUUGCAGAUAAUUUGAAGACCACCAUACGUGCCCUUGAUGUGUGUGGCUGUGAAAGUGUGACCGAUGUGGGGGUGACCUAUCUGGCUGAGAACUGUGGUCAUCUAACAACACUGGACAUUAGCUCCACCAGAUGUACAGGUGCCAGUGUACUAAAGCUUGCGGAUGGCAGCUGUAACCAGCGUCUUGAGACGGUGAAGUUCAGUUUUUUGUCUUCGUUGACAGAGGCCUGUCUAAUUACUUUGAUAAGUCAAUGUCCGAGAUUAAAGUCAGUUCAUGUAUUUGGCUGCGCUUCUCUGAAAAAUAAGGCCAACCUGCAGUCUGGCAACCCUGAGCUUUCAAUAGAAGGAGAUUUCAAGUGA